AUGGCAAACAAUGACAACAAUAUUAUUACUACUCGCACCAGCGACGUAACUUUGCUGGGAUGGUCUUUGUUGCGACUGCAUCAGCCCAACUCCAGUUCCCCCGCGCCACGGGCAGGAGUUACUGCCCUUCCUGUGUACGUGUCGCCCAUCAGCUUUGAGGCCAGGGUGGUGGUUCUUGCCGUCAACUACAACUUCCUCUGUAUGAUCAUCUGUACACUCGGCACAGCGGCCAAUGUCCUCAACUUGAUCGUUUUCAAGAAACAAGGUUUUAAUGACAGCGUCAACGUCAGUUUGUUCGGGCUGGCCAUCUCCGAUCUAGGCUGUCUGCUGACCUUGCUGUGGCUGAGCAUCUGCCACAACCCGCUCUUCUACAACCUUGACCUGCCCUUUGACCCGGUGGAAGUUCAAUACGUCACGGCCGGAAGGCCCUACUUGCUGUUCACCCGGAUCAGCAGUUGGAUCACCACCUUCGUGACCUUGAAAAGGUACCUGUGUGUCACGUUUCCGAUGAAGGUGAACGGCUUGAUCACCCCUCGCAGAACGGCGGUGGUCAUAGUGAUCAUCUACGUGCUGUUUGCCGCCAGUGUGGCCCCCGUCUACUACAUCAGCAGGCUGGCCUGGAGGUUCAACCCGGCCCGAAACAGGACCAUCCUAGGCCUAGUGUUCACAGAGGACAG